GUCGUCUACAGCGCCCGCACGGCAUCUCGCUAGUCAAUUUUCUAUAGUCACUUGUUUGCGUCAGCCGUUGCAUUAUCAUUGUGUAUGAAGUGCCUGCCGAACAAACAUUAAUUGCUGUAUACUCAUUUUCAGUUAGCUAGGUAUUUCCUACGAAAUCCAUGUUUGGUAUUCAUAUUAUUUAUAAUAUUUUUAUUCUUUUUACAGCUCUUUAUUUUCUUAAUAGCUCAGAAUAAUCAUGUCCGAAAACUUUGGUGAUGCAGUUCAACCGACUGAACUGAAAACAAUUACUGUAGAAAAAAAGGAAAUGGCAGAACGAAAAAUAGCUAUACCUAAGAAAAAGCAAAAUACAAAGACAAAAGCAACUGAAAAUAAUGAACCUGAAACAAAAACUGAUGAAACCAACGAAACUACGACUCGAGACGUCUACACUGCAGGGACAUCAUUUGGUGCCAACCAAAACAUCGUCAACACUUCAGGGACCAUGUUGAGCGCCAACCACGACAACAUCGUCAAUACUAUAUCAAACCAAACCGAUAGCAACAACGAAAAGCAUAUUUUAAGAGUAAUAUUACCAAAAUUGUAUACCGACUACAAUUAUUAUUGUACAUGUCGAAUUUAUUUAUUUUUACACAUUAUUUUGCGGUGUCGAUACGCUCGUGACGCAGUCCCAGAUUCCACGCGCCGAUCUGUUAUGUUUGCACAACGUACGUAGCUCUGGUUACAGAUGUGUCCUGGCUGUGCAUUUUAAUAGAUUAUAAUAUGCCACACUUGCAUUUGCUGUCUCAGUUUCGGAACACAGAAAAUUAUUACGUUACUUGAAUCGAAUUAAAAUUUUAUAGCUAAGUAGAAAUUAGAGUUUAAACACUAAUGAUAAAAUUUAAAGAGGAUAAUAUUUUCGAGAGCAUUUUUUUUUUCAAAAAAAUUAACAGUAAAAUUGCCGUAAUUUUUUCCAUUAGAUAUUUAAAAAAAAAUCAUGAUAUACUCAUGACACCUACUUUUACUGUCAAAAAUAUUAUUCUCUUUAAGUUUUAUUAUUUGUGUUUGGACUCUAAUUUCAAGAUAAAUGCCCCAAUUCAUAAUCUAAGUAGAUAACAUGGUUUUGCUGUGUAGUUACUUAUAUAUUAGACUAACAAGUAGGUAUCUAAGUUCAUUGCAUAUUAUACUUAAUAACACAUUAUUUUAGAUUCCAAGUGGAGCGAAGAAGCUUAUGGUUUUACAAGGAUGUUUAUUUUUUUUAUUUUAUUUUUUUUUUUAUCUGUGCACAACUUUUCUACCGAAAAUUUGGCUCCGAUUUUUAAAUGUUGCACUCUUUGUAAUAGAAAAUCGGACUGGGGAGAUACUUUAGGGAGGUCAUUAUUUGAUUCUCCCAACAUAUGAGAAAAAACUGUAAAACUAUAAUUAAUUAAAAAUAAAGUUGUAAAUAUUUACAAUUAUUUAGUUAUAAACUUUGAGCUUAAUGUAGAAUAUUUUUUUAUAAAAGUUUUAAAAUCNUCAAAACAUGUGUAACCGAAUUUCACUCCGAAUGUAUCAGGUCUUUUUAUUAUUUUUUUUAUCUUUGAACAACUUAAAUCAUUUUUUCUAAAAGAAAAACUGACUAGGGUAGUACUUUAGGUAGGUAAUUUUUUGAUUUUCUUAGCUGCUUUCAUAAUAAAUAGGAAAAAACGGAAUAUAGGUACAAUAUUAAACAAGUAUUUAAGAAAAUAUAUAAUGCUUAUUUAAUUAUAUUACCAUAAUAUAAAAUAUAUAUUGUUAACAAAGCAACACUACUAACCGAACUCUACUCAGAAUCGUUUUUCAUUGGCAAUAGUUAAUCGUUGCGUACAGAUAUACAUUCAAUUCUCUCUCUUUCUUCCCAACUUCUCACCUACAACAGUGGCUCACUUAUCUUGAGAAGUGUGUUCGUAUUUUUUUUUUUUAAUUGAUAGGAAGUUCAUUAUAUGUAGUACCCUUUUUUUAUUUUUAUAUAAGAAUUUUAAUAUCUAAUUUUGACGAAAAUCUUAAAUAUUUCGGCAUUUUAAAAUAUAUAUAAUCGAACUCCUCUUAGAAUCGUUCUUCGUUAGCAAUGAUUAAUUGUUGCAUACAAAAUACAUUAAAGUCUCCUCUAUUUCUUACUCUCUCAACUUCUCACCUAUAACAGUGGUCCACCCAUCCUGCGAAGUAUGUCCGUCUUUUGUUAUCAUUAUUUUGUAAUAUAAAUAAUAAAUACUCAUAAUCUCAAGAUUAUUGUAUAAAUUACUUAUAAAAUCCUUGAAAAAAUUUUGUUUUUUUCAAAAGUCUUUUUCUUUCGCAAAUUUGUCAGUAUCAAGGUUAUACACUAAACGAAUAUACUGCGCGGUCUAUUUAUUAUAUGCCUGUAUGUAGUCAAUAGAUGAGAUUAUAUAAAAUGAAAAUUAUCUACGAUUAUAUGAUAAUUUUGUCUAAAUAUUCUAACCAAAAUUUAAUGUCCAUUUAAAACUAUUAAUGCUUUUCUAAAAUCGAAUAUUUAGUCAAAUAAUAAAUAAUAUACAAAACUGAUAUGUUGAGCUCGAAAAUUAAAUUUUUCCUACUCCUUUUUGUAAUUUUACACGUAUUUUUUCUUUCAUGAAAAACCUUAGAUUGUCUAUCUCAAUCACACACAUGUUAGCUUCGAUAUAUUUUCUGUAAAAUGGUUUUCAUUCGUAUUUCGUGGUCUAUUUUAUUAUACAUCUAAUGUAUAUGCCAUAAACUGUGAGUUAAAUCGUGAUAUCAAAUUAUGUUCUAGCUUAAUAGUGUAAUUCAAAAUACCGCGUGCGAAAAAUUAUAAACCAAUCAGAGACAGCGAGAAAAACCAGUAUUAUAUUUGCACAGUUUGAGACAAAAUUUCGUCUAUAAAUAUCAUACUUAUUUUAUUAUAUCAUAAUCGUAUCUGUUUUUGGCAAUCCUCUGGAGUGCUUGAAUCCAAUUUGGAUAGUAAAUAUUAAUAAACCAAAUAUUAGAUACCAGAUAAUAAAAAAAAAAGAAAUUAAUUGUGAAAAUGUACAUUAGUUACAAAUAAAACAAUUUUUAGUGCCAAAAACUGUAUAUUUUACCCUAUAUAGUCCGAACUAUAUAUGAUUCUUAUAUGCUCGAAACGAUUUUUCCGUCAUAAAAAAUUUGAAUUUAUUUUCUGAUAUUAACACAGAUAUCUGUGGAUAUUACACAAUAAAUAGCUUCGACCAUAUAAACUUAGCUUAUAUGGUCAAAGAUAUAUAGCACAGAUAUAUAACUAUUAGAUAAAUAAUAACUUAUAAUGCGCCCUCUAUACUCUGGCCGAUGCAAUACGAGCACAAGAGUGUAACUGACUCACUUACGUCAUUUUAUCACACCUCGCCUUGUGCGUGCUUCGUUUAAUGUCAGAUUUUUUAUCGCGAGUCAAAGGACACACGGAACCAUUAAUGUACAACUGAGUAUAUUAUGAAGAAUGUGGAUAAUAUACUUUAUACGCCUUGUACAAAUUUUGAACAAGGUGAUCUUGCGAAAGUAUAGAGAGAGCAUAUUAUUAAUUUUUACGAAUACACGAUUCUAGGUAGACACUUGUAAAUAUUUUUAAUAUAUAUUAGUUGAUUAAUUUUCAUUUUUUCAAUUUUAUCUUUAAAAUUUCCUACUCGCAACUCUAUACACCUUGUUAAUACCUAUUAUUCCGUAAUAACAUUACAUAUUUUUAAAAGUAAUUGUUCUGAUUUUGUCCAUGAUUAAAGAAACAGGCAUGCCAGUAAAAUUAUUCUGCGCAUGAAGCGUAUCCCAGGUAUAGAAUAAAUAAUAAAACAUGUAAUAUAUGUAUUUCCUUAUGGUUAUAAAUGAUCACAGGUUAUCACUUUUUAUCACGGUUAUUACAUAGAUUGAAAUAAUGAUUGGACUAAACACGAAAAGGUGGGCAAGUAGUAAAAACAUGGUUAUUGUACCGCUUAUUCCGAAAUUGGGUUACCACGCUAACUACUUAUUUUUGAUGACAUGCCUGUUUAAUUAACCAUGGUUUUAUUGUAAAUUCAUAAUAAUAAACCUAAUAUUUGUACUUUGUAUACCUCUUACCGACAAGUUUUUUUGAUAACAUAGAACAUCAAAGUGGAGCCGCUAGAUACAGAGUCAGAUUCUUGGACAGAUGGAAACAUAAAAAUGGAACUUGAAGAUCCAGAGUAUAGUGAUACUCCGUAUAAUGUGACUCAGGAUCAGAUGGACACUAUCGACGUUAACCAUUUGGUUAACAUAAAAUCUGAACCAACCGAAGUAGAAUUUCCCGAAAAUCGAAAUGGACAUUCAUCAUACGAGUAUGUACAAGAAGUACAACAUUUUGCUGGUACAUCCAAUUUUCCGAUGACAAAUAUAAAAGUUGAGCCAAUGGAAGUAGUCCAUGACUAUCAAACUGAAUAUCCUAAUGUGCCUCAUCAAAGCCAAUAUCUUCAAUACGCAUUUCCUCCUCAGUUCAUUAAUCAGCCGCUGGAUUUGUUUCCGAUAGAACUUUAUUAUCACCAAUAUAUAUCAAAUUUUCACCUCCAACAAGCACUUAAUUUCCAACGUCCUUUCCAAACAUUCAAUUGGACUUUUACACGAGAAGUUGCCCCACCAUCACCACCACCAGCACUGGCAAUUCAACCACAAUUUAAUGAUCAUUUUGCCGUACAAAUGCUACCACCAUUAGUAGAACCGCAAGAAGGUAACUUGCGACCUACUAGAAAGAGACGAACACCAUCAGCUGCCUUUGGAUCUGCUGAAGCUGCUGCUGCUGCUGCUGCUGCUGCUACAGAUACUGCUGUUGCUGAUAUAGAUACUGCAACUGCUGCAGUUGAAAUCGAUAAAAAAAAGAAAAGAAAUUAAUAAAGUACGUUUAUUGAUUUAAUUAUUAACUUGAAAUAUUUCUUCCACAUCCACUCACUUCACGAACGCUUCUGAAAGCUGUCGGAAUUUAAGUAAAAAACCAUCGAUUUUAUUUUUAAAAAAAUCACGUCGGGUUGGUCAUGUCCCACAAGUGAGACAGUGCGAUUUGAAAACAUCUAAUUUACGAAAUAACAAAAUAGUUUUUAAAAUCAAUGAUUAUUUUCUGGAUUAUUAUACUCAAGAAACGUAGCCAGGAGGGUCCACGAAAUCUGGAUCACCCCCCCCCCCUUCACUCAUAUCUAAGCUUCUAAACAAAAAUCAGAUUAUUGAUACAAUUGUUGAUAAUUAGUGAUAAAUUAUGAUUAGACCCACCCCAAAAAAAAAAUUUAAAAUACCUUGGCUACGUAGCUGAUUAUAUAUUCUGUGAUUUUAAAUUCCGAAGAAAAUUAUUCAUAAAUAAUAUAGUUGCAUUCAAAAAAUUUCCCAAUCCGUAUGUGCUUCAAUUUAUUUGAACAUGUGGUUCUUGCAUUAACAUUAGAACUCUGCAUGGACUGGGCUCCAAUCAGAGUUUCAACUCGAUCCGAAGUCUGAUUGGAAUGGUUUGAACUUAACCGUUUUUCGGACCAGAUCAGUUCGGACUCUUAAAAUAAUUCAUAAUUCGAGUGGUUUCAAAUUCGGACCACCCCUACAGCUGUGCGUGGACCCGGUUUUGACCCGAGUUUUUGUCCGAACCUGAUAAGACCAUUCUCAUCCGGACAAAUUAUGGACUUAUCAGGUAGGAUCAUGAAUUCUGACAAAAGGGCCACAUUUUCAGAUUUUUGUAUCGGAUUGGAUUGAGUCAGAUGAACUACAAUUUCUAUCGGGUCUGAUCGGAUUUAAUUUUGUCGGCCGUUCAGAGUACCAGGGCUCUAAUAGAUAAUAAAUAUCAAUGGGUGCGUAAGAAGGAAUUUAUUCUGAGUGUAUUUUACAUUUAUAGUCACAGCAUUAUUUCUUUUUUUUUCACUAAUCGAUUGCAUACUAUAAAUAUAGGUUCAUGUCUUACAUUAUGAUACUGGAUACUAUACUUAUAAUUGAAUAUUCUAAAUAAAUGAUAUAUUAAAAUUAUUAUUUUGGUUUAGAUCUAUUCUGAUAAGAAGAACACCAAGAUACCAUCAUCAAAUAUAUUCUCAACAAUUAUAAAUUACCAAAGAACAAAUUUAUAUAUUCUGUAUCCACCAACUAAUAAUAGGUAUACCUAAUAUUAUAAGAAUUAAAAAUAUAUAAGUUAUAACAUGAAGACAUCUAAAAUAACUUUUGUUCUGUUCAAUAUUUUUAAAUUUUUCUUUUUAGGAUAAUUAUAGCCUAACUUCACUUCCAGCCUUGCACUAAAACUAUAUAUAUAUUUUUUUUUUAAAACUAAAAAUAAAAAAUCAUUUUUACUAAAUCCAAAAUAGAUAUUUUAUAUAUUAUAUAUUUUAGAACUACAUAAUGACGUUACAAAUAUUUAACAAUGAUAAAUUCUUAAUUUUCUAUAAUUUUUUGAAGUUAAUGAUAUCUUAAAUUUUUUUCGGUGUCACUACUAAAUAAUAUCAAUCAAUUGGUCGAUUUGUUCAUGAAAAAUAAUUUUGUUAUUGAUUUUCGUAAACAUUACAAAAUUGUAAAAAGUGAACAAUACGUCAUUACAAAAUGUUGAUAACACCAAUAUUGUAUUAUGAAAUAUAUAUAUAAAUUCACUAUUUUGUAAUAACAGUUUUAAAAAACAUAAAAUAGAGGAAUCAUAGGGCAAGGUUCAAAAAAUGAUUACAAGUAAAAAUUUAAAAAAAUUAAAAGAACAAAAUUCUGUUGUAAAUUACCUAAAAUUCCUACCAUAUCAUAAAAUAAAUUAAAUUAAAUGUAUUUCAGAUGUCAGAUCUUUGUGUUAUACCUUGUAUAAUAAAUAAAAAGCCACAAGUAUUAUUAAAAUAUUAUAUCAUUGUUAUAACUAGUUUUGACUUGAAGCCAUGAUGGCAUCAGAUAGUAAAAGAAUAUUAAACGACAAAGAAAUUAAUUGUCACUAUCUCAAACAGUCUUAUGUUUAAAUUAAAUAUCUGUGUAGUUUACCUAUCUAGCUGUUUUGAAUUAUUAUUAAAAACUAAAAAUAUAUUAAAUCAGUUUAUUUUACAUAUUAAAGAAUUCAAUGUGAUGUCAAUAUCUAUAUGUUAUGUACAAAUAAGGAAAUCAAUAUAAUGCAAUUAUAAAAUAUUUUUACUCUUAAUAUGAGAAUCCAACAAAUGUAAAAAUAUUUUAUAAUUAUUAUGGUGUACUUUGAGUAAAUAUUUUGAUUCCUUACCUACAAGCAUUUUUAAUAAUUAAAAAUUAAAAUUAUUUUUAAUCUUUACCUUUUUUACUAAGUAGCUACUUAUCUAUUUAUUUUUACUAUGUUCAAUUUCAAAACUUUCACUUUUUUUGGUCAGAAUAAACAAUACAAGUCUAUGACUAAUAAUAUUAAGUUGCUUUUAAUUUUUUAUUGGAUUUGUUAAUAUAAAUGUACCUUUUACUUAUAUUAAUGUGUGUUAAAAUUUUGUUUAGUCUAUACUUUGUUUUUACCUUUUACUUAUAUUAAUGUGUGUUAAAAUUUUGUUUAGUCUAUACUUUGUUUUACUAAGUUUGUUUAGUCUAUACUUUGUUUUACUAAGUAGCUAUUUAUCUAUUUAUUCUUACUAUGUUCAAUUUCAAAACUUUCACUUUUUUUGGUCAGAAUAAACAAUACAAGUCUAUGACUGUCUACACACGAAGCUAUUCAUUAGAAACUAAUUACUGAUGAUAAUCACUAACUAGUCCGUUUUGAGUCACAACGUAUGUUAUUUAAUGGAACACAACAGACAGCGCUACUGGUUACUAAUUAGUCACUAACGUGUUAUUGAUCAAUUCGAAGUGAUUCAAUUAUCGAGUCACUUCCGAAUCGCGUCACAUACUCUCGUCGAAUUCUGUGCAUUUUUAAAAUCUAAUUUUUUGUAAUUAUCUUAUAUUAGGAAAAAUAAAAAUAUGAAUGAACAAAUAACUAACGUAAAGUUGGUAGAAGAAGUAGAGAAAGAUCCUAUUUUAUACAACUUUAUUAAACAUUUCUUUCGAUACAUGGAUGAACGCAAAAUCUUCUUCGUCUUCUACUUAUUUAGAUAUAGUAAUAGUAAUAUGCGAUCAUCAUUUCAUCACUAAAAUUAUCCAUAGUGUUGAAAAAUGCUGAUGCAAGUUCUACUUCCAUAACCAACCAGUCAACAGAAUAAACUAGUGGUUUCGAUCACUUUUCAGUAAGCUUGUGUGCGGAUCUGUCAUCAAUGCGUUAGUAAUCGAUAAGUUAUUUACAUCACAAAAUCAGUUUAGUUUUGAAUGAAUAACAGCGUGUGUAGAUGGCCUAGAACAUAAGAAUAAGUUGCUUUUAAUUUUUAAUUGGAUUUGUUGAAAUAAAUGUACCUAUUACCUAC